AUGAAAUACCAAGGGCCAUUGCGUCUAAGACCUAUGCAGGUGGAAGAACCUUUCCAGCAAUGGGGCCUGGAUUUCAUUGGAGAGAUAAUAGAUCAUUCGAGUGGAGGUCACAAGUGGAUAUUGGUGGCCACUGACUACCUUACUAAAUGGGUAGAGGCAAUCCCUAUCAAACAAGCUACUAGUAGGGUGGUGAUUAAGUUCAUGAUGGAGAACAUUAUUAUCAGGUUUGGUAUCCCUGCAAGAAUAAUUAAUGAUAACGCUAUGUGCUUCAGAUCUGAAGAAUUUGAUACUUUCUAUGAGGAAUACGGCAUUAAGAUAUCACACUCGUCCCCAUACCAUCCUCAGGCCAAUGGACAUGCAGAAUCUAGUAAUAAAAACAUUCUUAAGAAUAUUAAGAAAAUACUUGGAAAUAACAAAAGGGCUUGGAAUUCAAAGUUGAAUUUAGCAAUUUGGGCAGAUAGAAUUACAAUAAAAAAAUCUAUGGGAGAGUCUCCAUUCGAAUUAGUGUAUGGAAAACAAGCUAGAAUUCCUCUUGACAACUCGCUACUAGUCCAUAAAUUCAUGAUUCAGGAAGGAAUCGAUAAUGUUGAUCCUCUACACGAGAGGUUUGAAAAAAUUGGCUUAGUUAGAUGA